GGUUAACAUCUAACUGCAUGAUUUCAUGGUCAUGGCAUAUAAAGGAGUUUCAGAGCUGAGGUUGGUUCUGUUGGGUUGCACUGGUGCUGGGAAGAGUUCCACUGCCAAUGCAAUAUUAGGAACAGAAGAUUUCAGAGAGACCGAAACCACCAAGUGUGAGAUGAGCAGCAGGAUUGUGGAGGGUAGAAACAUCUCAGUGAUCGAUACUCCAGGAAUUAACAACACCUCACUGACCGAAGAACAAUGGAGAACCGAAAUAAAAAGGUGUGCAGAGCUUUCUCAUCCUGGUCCUCAUGUGUUCCUGCUGGUGAUCAGACUCUGCAACUUUACAAAGGAGGAUAGAAAAGCUGUCUGGUGGAUUCAGGAACACUUUGGAGAAGAAGCCCUGAAGUUCACCGUGAUAUUGUUCACAGGGAGAGAAGAACUGUCAAACAGACAGUGGAGGAAGUUCUCUCAGGAUGCUCAAACUCUGCAUAUUGCAAUGAACAGCAUGCGAGAGGUUAAUCCAUAUCAGAUCAAAAAACUGUUGCAGAAGGUCGAGACUGUUGUUCAAGACAACGGAGGUCUCUACUACCCUCAAGAGAUGUUUGAGGUUUAUCAGAAUAAGAAAAUUACUCAAGAGACACAUGAGCAAGAAAGACAGAAACAAGAGAGUAAGAAGCAAAUGCUGAAGAGAUUAUUGAAAGCAGUGUACCAGAAGAAGCAAAUCCGAGAGACAACAACUAAACAAGAAGACCCACAAUGGGACGACGCAGAAGAAAUCCAUAGAGGGCUAACAUCAGGUGCAUGUGCAUAUAUGAGCAGCUAUAAGGGAGAUAGUCAAAGCCUAGAAAGACUGUAUACUUUCAUGAAGCUUGAGAAUGAGAUAGAAGAAAACAAGACGUUAUGGAGACUGGAAGAGCAAUAUAAGGAUUUCGAAUCCAUCCCGUUUGAUUUGAGACAAAUAUUAGAGAAUAUUGAGGAACUGGAGGAGAGAGGAGCCACAGGUGGAGGACUCGAUUCAGUGUGUGAUCUGAGGAUUAUGCUGAUGGGUCGUAUUGGAGCAGGUAAAAGCUCAUCAGGAAACAGCAUCCUGGGCCGAGAGGCGUUUGGUUGGGAACGUUUCACUGAUACCAUAUAUGUCUGGAGACAUGAUGGAGUUCUGGAGAAUAAAACCAUCACUGUGGUCGACACUGAUCAUUUGUUUGAAGUGAUCUGUAAACACAUUGUGGACGAUGAAUUUUUUAUGUUGUGUAAUCCUGGUCCUCAUGUGUUUUUGGCUGUUGUGAAAACUCCAGGUGACUCAAUCGACAUGAUUUCCUCAAUAAAGAAAGUAUUCGGGUCUGAAUUUUUGAAACACACGUUAAUCCUGAUAACCCAUGGAGACAAAUGUGGAAAAGACACUGAGAAGAUUUUAAAGAAGACACCAGACCUCCAAAAGCUUAUCCACAAGUAUGAGGUAGGGUGUCACGUCUUCAACAACAAGGAGAAAGAAGAUAGAACUCAGGUCACGGAGCUGCUGAAGAAGAUCCAGGUCUUGGUGCAGAAGAAUGAAGGGAGGUGUUAUACAGCUGAGAUGUACCGGAACAGAAAGAAGAUCGAGGCUUUGGUGCAGAAUGAAAAGAAACAUGAUACAGCUGGGAAGAAGCAAAAAAUGAAGCAGGUGGACCAACAGGAAAGCUGUUCGCUGCUGUGAACUAGACGCUAAACUCAACAUAGCAGCAAUCCAUCACUUACACCUAAAGGCCAUUCAGAGCAGUCAAUACACCUUCUGCAUGUACCCUGCAUAAACCUACACAGAUACAGAAAGGACAGUGCCCAGAGGUGAAGAUCAGACCCAGGACCUCAGAAAUGACGCUACUGUCUAGAUGUUGCACUCUACCAGAGCACCACCUAGUGGCCAAGCCCUUUCUGGAAGCACCCACAGUGCUAUGUUAUAUCAUCAAAUGUGGCAACAUUGGCAAUUGAGCGUCAGUGGGGCUUGAACCAGCAACCUUUGGAUUACUAGCCCGGUGCCUUAACCAUUGAGCUACUGCUUUACAUCUCUACAUCUCUAAAGGGUUCAGCUUCUGAAUAUCUUGCUGAUCUCCUAAAGCAGUAUAUUUCAUCCUGAGCACUUUGUUCGGGACUUGU